AUGUCAAAGGAAAUUGGUGACGGGAAAACCAAGAAGGGCUCAGUCUACUUCAAAUCUAAGACUGGUACUGCAACUAACUUUGAGGACAUUGAAAGUACUGCUGCUCAAAACCAACUGACAAUAUUGUCUAGAAUUGAAACCUUCCAAAACUUAGGUUCAAACUGGAUUAUACUUAAUAUUGAGAGUCAUUACGUAAACAUCGCAAUGUACAAACCAUUAAAGGGUAGUUCAUAUAUGAAACUUCCAGGGGACAUUAGUAAUCCAAAGUGUGGGCUCAUCAAUAUGAAGAACAAUGACGACAUGUGUUUCCUGUGGAGUCAUGUGAGACAUCUAAAUCCUAAUGCUAGAAGAGCAACCACUAUCACACAGAAAGACAGGGAAUUCAUAACGAACCUGGACUACGACGGUAUAGACUUCCCUGUGAAGAUCAGCGAUAUUGAUAAGAUUGAGAGGGAAAAUAGUAUCAACAUAUCGGUGUUCGGUUACAAGGGUAAGAAACAGUUCUAUCCUAUAAGGAACUCCAAGGCUAAAUAUGAUGAGCAUAUGGAGCUUCUACUCCUGGGUGAUGGUGAAGGUAGUAGACAUUACGUUCUCAUAAAGGAUGUUAACAGAAUGUUGCACAGUGUGAGUAAACAUGGACACAAGCAACACUUUUGUCUACACUGUCUUCAUAGUUGUGUGAGCAAAGAGGUACUGGAGAAGCAUAAGGAAACAUGUCUGGAGGUAAAUGGAACUCAGGCUGUAAAGCUUCCCAAGGAAGGGACAAAAAUCAAGUUCAAAAAUCACAGGAACUCAAUGCCUGUGCCGUUUGUGAUAUACGCUGAUUUUGAGUCCAUACUAGUACCAGAGGAGAGAAAAGUGGAGUCAGAAAACCCUGAGGAUAAAAGUAGUACAGACCUUUACCAGACACACAAGGCUUGUAGUUUUGGUUUGAAGACUGUCUGCCACUAUGAUGAUAGGUACUCCGGUGAGUAUAAGAGUUACGUUGGAGAGGAUGCUGCAUUGGUCUUCCUAAAGACUGUAUUGAAAGAGUCCUUCAGAUGUAGAGAGAUGGUCAACAAUAUAUUCAAGAAAAAGAUGGUAAUUACACCCAAACAGGAAUCCGAAUUCCAGGCUGCAAGAAACUGUUCAAUAUGUGGUAACGACCUUGGUGAGGACAGGGUAAGGGACCAUGACCACGUAACAGGAAUGUACCGUGGAGCUGCUCAUAAUAUAUGUAAUCUGAAGUACAGAAUUACAUGGAAAGUACCUGUGGUUUUCCACAACCUAAGAGGUUACGAUAGUCAUCUGAUUAUGCAGGAAAUUGGUAAGUUCAAGAUGGACGUCAACGUGAUUCCAAAUAAUAUGGAAAAAUAUAUUUCAUUCUCACUAGGUAAAAAUCUUGUCUUCAUAGACUCUAUACAAUUUAUGGCUUCUUCACUGGAAGCACUGGUGAGUAACCUUUCACCUGAGGACUUCAGGAUAGUAGGUAAGAGGUGGAAGGGUGAGGACUUCAAUUUAGUGACACAAAAAGGAGUCUUUCCAUAUGAAUUCUUGGAUGACAUUAGCAAACUUGAUACAGAAGGUCUCCCCAGUAGAGAUAAGUUUUACUCAUCACUGUACGAGUCAGAAGUGAAGGAAGAAGAUUACCAAAGAGCUCAGAAAGUAUGGGAUCACUUUAAGAUGAAAACCAUGAGAGACUACCACGAUCUCUACCUGGAGACCGACGUUCUUCUGUUAGCUGAUGUGUUUGAAAACUUUAGGAGAACAUGUCUGGAAAGUUACGAACUUGACCCCGCACAUUACGUGUCAGCACCUAGUCUGAGUUGGGACGCUUUCCUGAAAAAGUCAGGUGAAGAAAUAGAACUCGUAAGUGAUAUGGAUAUGUUCCAGUUCUUCGAGAAGGGUAUGAGGGGUGGUAUAAGUUAUAUUGCUCACAGACACUCAACAGCUAAUAAUAAGUACAUGGAAACGUAUGACGAGUCGUCUGAGAGUAAGUACUUGAUGUACCUCGACGCUAACAAUUUAUACGGCUGGGCAAUGUCACAACCACUUCCUAAUGGAGAGUUUGAGUGGUUGAGGAAGUCGACAAUAUAAACAUAAAUGAUUACCUAGGAGACAACAAAAGGGGGAUGGUUUUAGAGGUUGACUUAGAAUAUCCACAAGAACUUCACAAUUUACACAACGGUUAUCCUUUAGCACCAGAGAGUAAAAAAAUUAGUGCCUCUAUGUUGUCAGAUUAUUCGAAAAGUAUUGCUGAGAAAUUCCAACUAACAAUUGGAGGAGUAAAAAAACUGGUGACUUCACUAGAACCCAAGAAGAAGUACGCUUUACAUGUACGUAAUCUGAAACUGUAUACGGACCUCGGAAUGAAACUUACAAAGAUCCAUAGAGCGGUUACAUUCAAACAGUCUCGCUGGCUUAAAAACUAUAUAGACUUCAAUACAAAGAAAAGGUCAGUAGCUCGUAACACGUUCGAAAAGAACUUCUUCAAGUUGAUGAAUAAUUCGAUUUACGGAAAGACUAUGGAAAAUCUUAGAAAAAGGGUUGAUGUAAAACUAGUGUCCUCCGAAGACGACCUCCUAAAACUGACGGCAUCACCGUGCUUCCAGUCACAUCGAAUUAUGAAUGAGAACCUUAUAGUUGUAAAAAGAAUGAGAGAAGUUCUAACGCUAAAUAAACCGUGUUACGUAGGAAUGAGCAUCUUAGACUUAUCCAAGACUUUAAUGUAUGAUUUCCACUACAACACAAUUAAGAAGGAGUACGGUAACAGGUCAAGGCUACUGUUUACUGAUACUGACAGUUUGAUGUACGAACUUAGAACGAAUAAUGUUUAUGAGGACUUCAAGAGGAUUGGUGAAAGGCAGGACUGUUGGGACAACUCAGAUUACCCAAAAGAUUCUCCGUACUACUCAGACCACAACAAGAAGGUUAUAGGUAAGUUUAAGGAUGAAGCUGAAGGAGUACCCAUAAUCGAGUUCGUCGGGUUAAAGGCAAAGAUGUACUCCUAUGUUAAGGAAAACGGUGGAGGUGGAAUGACCGCUAAGGGAGUUAAAAA